CCAGUUAUUUUACGUUUUAUAACGUUGCACGAUUUGUUGUUGUUGAACAAAACAGCUGCUAGAAAAUUAAUUUUUCAUGAGAUCAGACAAUGUGAUUUGUAAUCUGAAUAAAAUUAGAAGAAUUAGAAUUUAAUAAUGAAAAGCUCUGUAGAUAAAUGGAAAUUAGGCGUUUUGAAAGUUAAAGCGAAGGAGUCUUCUUCUAUUUUAUGUAAUACUGACAAUGGAGGAGAGGCAAUAUUAAAUGGAAUUGUAGAUGAAACAAAAGAUAUGGAGAUUGCAAGUUAUUUAACUAGUCUAAAGAAGAAAACAAGUUUAAAAAACUUGUGGAGUGGUCAAACUUUUUAUGAUAUAGUUGAUGGAGACCAAACACCAGAUAUUUCUAGCGAAUCCGACUCGGAACUAAAUUUAAAAGUGAGCAAAAAUGUCCAUGAUUUAGGCAAUCUCCGUUUAGAUAGUGACGAAGAUGAAAUGCGAAUUAAUUAUAUGCGCGAAUUGAAAGAAGUUGAUGAAAAUAACAAUAUUGUAUCUUCUUCUGAAAGUUCUUACAAUGUCAUGGGUAAUAUACAUUAUGCUCAACUUGAAUUAGAUGAGGUUCAAUUGAGUGCAGAUAACAAACUUGAGAAUAAAAAUGAUUCUCUUGAUUUUUUCCCCGUUCUUCAUAAUUUACGUGAAAACAAUCCUAGUUCUGAUGAAAAUAGUACUUUAAUAGAUUAUGCUUCUGAAAUAUCAGAGGUAAUUUCAAAUUCAAAAGAAUAUAAAGAAGAAUAUAAAAAAGUUUCUCAUAGAUCGACUACAGAAAAUUUAUCAGAAAUAAACACUUCACAAAGUUUAAAUCGUUCAAUCUCCGAAUUAUCUUAUUCUAAAUCUUCUAGUUUUAAAACGAAGAAUGCAAAGAAAGUUUUCUCGAAAUCAUUAAUGUCCGAAGAUAAAUAUUCUGAAGUGAAACAAAAGGUAAAUGAUGAAACUUUGUCGAAAUCUUCUAAAACGGAGAAGUAUAAGUCGACUUUGUUACGGAAAAGUGAAUCGAAUUCAGAAGAUUCAAAUACACUCAACUCAAAUGUUUCUUAUAGCUCUCUACCCCCUUCAAAAUCAUCGUCUACUAGGUCAAAUACCCAUAAUUCAAAGGUUCCUCGUAAUUCAACUUCAUCAGUUUCCUCAAAAUCAUUAUCUACAAGUUCAAAAGUCUCUAAACACAAAAAAAGUCGUUCACAAAAAAGACAUACUGAAAAAAUAGGUCAGUCUAAAAACAUGGGUUCCCAGACUGAAUUUAGGACUGAUGAUAAAACAAAAGAGGUUUUAAGUUAUCUUUAUAGUUGGCAAUUGCCGCACUCGAGUAAUAUUGCCGCCCAUGUAAUGGAUGUAGAUACAAUUGAACUAUAUAGUAAUUUAAAUCCUGCCAUGCUUGCGGCAAAUGAUAUGAUGAAGUAUCACUUACAUUUAGUUCGCAUGCAUUUAAAUAAUAGUCGGCGCCUUUAUGAGUCGUACGCUAACGAAAAUAUUAACAACAAUUACAACUAUACAUCUGUUGAAGAAACAAUGGCUUACAUACAUCAAAACAGCCCUAAAGUCAUUUCCUAUGAACAAGCGCUAAAACAUGUAAAAUCAUCUUAUCGCCAAUAGUUAAAUACAUAUCGUCGGGGAUAGUGCAAAACCGCGUAACUGAUUGGAUAUUACCGCGUAUCUACAAUACAGAUAUUUUGCUGGAGAAGGUUAAAAGCUUAUAUUUCUUUUAUUUCAACAGAUUUUGGGUUAAUUUUAGUAUAAAGAGUAUUGUUCAUCUUUUUUGUAAUGUCAACAAUAGAUAUUUGGUGUUAAAAUUAUUAAUAUCCAAAUAUAGUAGCCAAUGCUAGUUACGCAGUUUGCACUAUCCCUAACG